UGUCCGACAAAAUGUCCGACAUCUUUAUAGGUUAGGUUUCUUUAGCAAAUGUUUAGAAGUUUAAAAUUAAAAGAAUAAAAAAAGAAAUUCUUCAGCAUAGACGCACCGAAGAGUCUUAUUCGUUGGCUAUAUUAUAUUAUACUGUGCUUUUAGUGACAUAAAUAAAUAAGUAAUUACAACUUCUUGUUAUGAACAUUGUUGAUGUGACUUGAUAAUAACAAUUAUAUUAUUCAUAUCUUGUGCUGUUCAUAUCUUUAUUCGGCUUAUUGCUUAGAGCUAUGGAAUUUAAGAUUGAAAUUAAGGAAGAGUUAGGUGAAUAUGGCCAAACAAUAGAUAGUCAGCUACAAACAUCAACAGAUCUUGGUGACAUGAAGCAUGAAGGAGAAGGUAACUCAGCUGUGGAACUAAAAACCGAAAUUAAGGAAGAAGUAGAGGUUAUUGAAGAUAAACUACAAUAUGUAGAACUUCAGCUGUCUGCACCUCUAGAACUUGAAGACAUGGGAAAUGAAAUAGAUGAUAAAUCAGCUGUGGAACUAAAAACUGAAGUUAAAGAAGAGGUAGAGGUUAUUGAAGAUAAACUACAAUAUGUAAAACUUCAGCUGUCUGCACCUCUAGAACUUAAAGACUUGGAAAAUAAAACAGAUGAAGAUAAAACAGGUCUUUCUAACAAGAAUAAUGGAAUGGAUAUUUUGAAAACAUUACCUGGGGAUUCAUUUAACAAACAACAAAUAAGUCUAAACUCCGAAGAAGUAACAAUAAAUAAUGAUAUUUGUGCUAGAGAUAUUAAUUACAAAAAUAAUUUGGAAGUUGAGACUGGAGAAGGACUUUACAAAUGUGAAAUUUGUUUUAAGAGGUUUAAUAAAACAAGUAAUUUGAAACAACAUUUGACAGUGCACACUGGAGAAAAACCGUACAAGUGUGAAAUUUGUUUAAAGCAGUUUACUAAAACAAGUCAUUUGAAAAGACAUUCGAAAAUACAUACUGGUGAAAAACCUCACAAGUGUGAAAUUUGUUUUAAGGCAUUUACUCAAUCAGACAGUUUGAAAAAUCAUUUGAGAAUACAUACUGGGGAAAAACCUCAUAAGUGUGAAAUUUGUUUUAAGGAAUUUACUGAAUCAAACCAUUUAAAACGUCAUUUGAGAGUGCACACUGGUGAAAAACCUUACAAGUGUGAAAUUUGUUUUAAGCAGUUUAGCAAAGCAGGUCAGCUGAAAACACAUGUGAGAGUGCACACUGGUGAAAAGUCUUACAAGUGUGAAAUUUGUUUGAAGCCAUUUGGUGAAGCAGAUAAUUUGAAAAGACAUUUGAGAAUGCACACUGGGGAAAAACUUUAUAAGUGUGAAAUUUGUUUUAAGGCAUUUACUGAAUCAGGUAGUUUAAAAAAUCAUUUGAGAAUACACACUGGGGAAAAACCUUAUAAGUGUAAAAUUUGUUUUAAGGAAUUUACUGAAUCAAAAAAUUUGAAAUGUCAUUUGAGAGUGCACACUGGUGAAAAACCUUAUAAGUGUGAAAUUUGUUUUAUGCAGUUUACCGCAGCAAGUACUUUAAAAGUACAUUUGAGAGUGCACACUGGUGAAAAGCCUUAUAAGUGUGAAAUUUGUUUUAAGACAUUUACUAUAUCAGGCAAUUUGAAAAAUCAUUUGAGAAUACACACUGGGGAAAAACCUUAUAAGUGUGAAAUUUGUUUUAAGGAAUUUACUGGAUCACAAAAUUUAAAAUGUCAUUUGAGAGUGCACACUGGUGAAAAGCCUUACCAGUGUGAAAUUUGUUCUAAGUCAUUUCGUGAAGCAGGAAAUUUGAAAAAACAUUUGAGAGUGCACACAAGAAGCAGUUUAGCGAAACAAGCAGUUUGUCUUUCUAACAAGAAGAAUGGAACGGAUAUUUUGAAAACAUUACCUGGGGAUUCCUUUAACAAACAACAAAUAAGUCUAAACUCUGAAGAAGUAACAAUAAAUAAUUCUAUUUGUUCUAAAGAUAUUAAUUACAAAAAUAAUUUAAAUGCACUUAUGAAAGUUGAGACUGGAGAAGGACUUUACAAAUGUGAAAUUUGUUUAAAGCAGUUUAAUAAAAGAAGUCGUUUGAAAAGACAUUUAAUAAUACAUACUGGUGAAAAACCUCACAAGUGUGAAAUUUGUUUUAAGGCAUUUACUGAAUCAGGCAGUUUGACAAAUCAUUUGAGAAUACACACUGGGGAAAAACCUUAUAAGUGUGAAAUUUGUUUUAAGUCGUUUAUUACAACAAGUCAUUUGAAAAAACAUGUGAGAGUGCACACUGGAGAAAAACCUUACAAGUGUGAAAUUUGUUUUAAAUCAUUUGGUGAAGUAGGUAGUUUGAAAAAUCAUUUGAGAAUUCACACUGGGGAAAAACCUUACAUGUGUGAAAUUUGUUUUAUACAGUUUACCGCAGCAAGUGGUUUAAAAGCACAUUUAAGGGUGCACACUGGGGAAAAGCCUUAUAGGUGUGAAAUUUGUUUGAAGCCAUUUGGUAAAGCAGAUAAUUUGAAGACACAUUUUAGAGUGCACACUGGGGAAAAACCUCUCAAGUGUGAAAUUUGUUUUAAGGAAUUUGCUGAAUCAAAAAAUUUAAAAUGUCAUUUGAGAGUGCACACUGGUGAAAAACCGUAUAAGUGUGAAAUUUGUUUAAAGCAGUUUACUAAAAGAAGUCAUUUGAAAAGACAUUCGAUAAUACAUACUGGUGAAAAACCUCACAAGUGUGAAAUUUGUUUUAAGGCAUUUACUGAAUCAGGCAGUUUGAAAAAUCAUUUGAGAAUACACACUGGGGAAAAACCUUAUAAGUGUGAAAUUUGUUUUAAGGAAUUUACUGAAUUAAAUAAUUUAAAAAGUCAUUUGAGAGUGCACACUGGUGAAAAACCUUACAAGUGUGAAAUGUGUUUUAAGUCUUUUAGUGAUGCAAGUACCUUGAAAAAUCAUUUGAGAAUACAUACUGGGGAAAAACACACUCGAAAAAAACCUUACAAGUGUGAAAUUUGUUUUAAGCAGUUUAUUACAACAAGUCAUUUGGAAAAACAUGUGAGAGUGCACACUGGGGAAAAACCUUACAAGUGUGAAAUUUGUUUUAAAUCAUUUGGUGAAGCAGGUAGUUUGAAAAAACAUUUAAGAGUGCACACUGGAGAAAAACCUUACAAGUGUGAAAUUUGUUUUAAAUCAUUUGGUGAAGCAGGUAGUUUGAAAAAUCAUUUGAGAAUUCACACUGGGGAAAAACCUUAUAAGUGUGAAAUUUGUUUUAUGCAGUUUACCGCAGCAAGAGUUUAAAAGCACAUUUGAGAGUGCACACUGGGGAAAAGCCUUAUAAGUGUGACAUUUGUUUGAAGCGAUUUGGUAAAGCAGAUAAUUUGAAGAGACAUUUGAGAGUGCACACUAGGGAAAAUCCUCUCAAGUGUGAAAUUUGUUUUAAGGAAUUUACUGAAUCAAAAAUUUUAAAAUGUCACUUGAGAGUGCACACUGGUGAUAAACCGUAAAGUGUGAAAUUUGUUUAAAGCAGUUUACUAAAAGAAGUCAUUUGAAAAGACCUUCGAUAAUACAUACUGGUGAAAAACCUCACAAGUGUGAAAUUUGUUUUAUGCAGUUUACCGCAGCAAGUAGUUUAAAAGUACAUUUGAGAGUGCACACUGGUGAAAAGCCUUAUAAGUGUGAAAUUUGUUUUAAGUCAUUUUGUGAAGCAAAUCAUUUGAAAAAACCUUUAAGAGUGUACACUGGGGAAAACCUUAUAAGUGUGAAAUUUGUUUUAAGGCGUUUAGUCAUGCAAGCACAUUUGAGAGUGCACACAACACUGGUGAAAAGCCGUACACGUGUGAAAUUUUUUUAAACAGGUUAGCCAUGCAGGUGAUUUGAAAAAACAUUUGAGAGUGCACACUGGGGAAAAACCUUAUAAGUGUGAAAUUUGUUUUAAGGCGUUUAGUCAUGCAAGCACAUUUGAGAGUGCACACAACACUGGUGAAAAGCCGUACACGUGUGAAAUUUUUUUAAACAGGUUAGCCAUGCAGGUGAUUUGAAAAAACAUUUGAGAGUGCACACUGGGGAAAAACCUUAUAAGUGUAAAAUUUGUUUUAAGGAAUUUACCCAAUCAGGUAGUUUGAAAAAAUACUUAAAAAUUCACACUCAAGGAAAUCCUUACCAGUGAGGAAUUUAUUUUAAACAAUUUAAUAGUUCAAAAAGUUUUAAAAGUCACUCGAAACUGCACACUGGAGAAAAUUUGCACAAGUGUGAAAUUUGUUUUAAGGGAUUUACUGAAUCGGGAAAUUUAAAAAGUCAUUUGAGGGUGCACACUGGGGAAAACCUUACAAGUGAAGGUACAGGGUAAAAACAAGCUAAGUCAAAUUUUAUGGUUUGAAGAUAAUGCAAUUUUAAAGUUCAAAACUCCACAAACACUAAAGUUUUUGUAGUCAGAA